UGAAGCAGUUCAGGUAAAAAUGCUUUCUUUGAUGAAACAGAUCUUGUUUCUCUUUCUCCUUGCCGUCGCGGUGGCGCCCCCGCCGGCCGUCAACGGCCAGCUUAAAAUAGGGUUUUAUAACCAGACCUGUCCUUCGGCCGAGAGUGUCGUUCAGAAAACGGUUGCCGCCGCCUCUGCCAACAACACCGGCAUCCUCGCCGGCCUCAUUCGAUUGUUCUUCCAUGAUUGCUUUGUGAGGGGUUGCGACAGUUCAGUCCUACUAGACUCUACCGCCAACAACACGGCGGAGAAAGAUGCGCCGCCGAACCACCCCAGCCUCCGUGGCUUCGAAGUGAUCGACGCCGCCAAGUCCGCCGUGGAAGCCAUAUGCCCCAACACCGUCUCCCCCACCACCGCCCCCUGCGCCGACAUCGUAGCCUUCGCAGCCCGGGACGCCGCUGCCCUCUCCGGCAACAUCUCCUACCAAAUCCCCUCCGGCCGCCGCGACGGCAACAUCUCCCUGGCCUCCGACGCCAACGCCAACCUCCCCUCCCCCCUCUCCAACGCCUCCACUCUCAUCACCGCCUUCGCCGCCAAGAACCUCACCGCCGACGAGCUUGUCACGCUCUCGGGGGCCCACUCCAUCGGCGUUUCCCACUGCUCGUCUUUCAGGAACCGGCUCUAUAAUUUCAGCUCCAGCAGUCAGGGGGAUCCGACGCUGAAUCCGGCGUACGCGGCGCUGCUGCGGUUCGCCUGUCCGUUCAACAGCACCUCGUCGGGAAAUACAACGGUGGCGAUGGAUGUGCUAACGCCGGUGGUGCUGGACAACUUCUAUUACAUUGGGCUGAAAAUGUCGCUGGGGCUGUUCACGUCGGACCAUGCUCUGCUGACGCAGGGGAAUCUGAGCGCCGCCGUCGAUGAUAACGCCUGGAAUCCGGCGGGGUGGGCGGCGAAGUUUGCGAGGGCGAUGGUGAAGAUGGGGAGCAUUCAGGUGAAAACGGGAACGCAGGGGGAGAUUAGAAGGAACUGCCGCGUCGUGAACGGUAGGAGUCUGGCAAAUGUUGGGCCGGCGGCGGAGGAACAGGGGAGCUCCUUGGUGGCUGACAUGUGAGAAGAUAACUGCGUGUCACACCCCGCUAUCUUCAAUGAAAUGACAAGACAAGUAUUGGAAAGAAAAUUCUAGCAGAGGCAUGUCAUCCUUGAACUUUGAUUAAGCAUCUUGUCCACAAAGGAAGUUUUUUUUGCAUCUACGAGUUAGCAUAGGAAGACCAAGGUACUUGGUUGAAUAGCCUAUUGUGUGUUUGGCAAUCAGGGUCCGUAGGGUUUUCCUUUUUCAUGUUUGUCUUGCCAUUUUCUUGAAGAUUGGGGGAGUGAGAUGUGGCUGCGAAUAUUAGUUGUGUGCGGAUAGAAUUUGAGAUGGUAUGACUGAGACUUUGUUUUGAAGAGAAUAAGAUGAGGGGAGUUCACGUA